UUUCGUUACCCAAGGUCGGCGCCCUUGUGAUGCCCCCUGCCAUUGGAGUCACCCUGUACGGAGAGUGGAUAUUCUCCCCGGGAUUCUGCGCGGUCUGGGUCUCGUUUGACGUCAUGCUGUGCAGCGCCUCCAUCCUCAACCUCUGCGUCAUCAGUCUAGACAGAUAUAUCCAGAUCACGCGGCCCCUCCAACACGACACCUACAUGACCAACACGCGGGCCGGAGUGCUGAUCGCCCUGGCCUGGCUGCUCGCCAUCUUUGCCUCCUUCCCGCCCAUCACGCUGGGCUGGCACGAGCACCCCGGACACCCGAGUCUCAGCGACCUGACCGCGCUGUCCCCGCGGCCGCAGUGCGUCUUCGACCCGAGCAAGACGUACGCGCUCACCGCUUCCAUCGUCACCUUCUAUAUACCACUGGCAGCCAUCCUCUUCACCUACAGCCGGAUCUACAAAGAGGCGAAGUCCCAGGCGACGCGCGUGGCCUCCCUGAAUAAGCAGUUCCGCACGGAGUCCAGACGGAAGAACGGGAAGCGUGGCAGCCAGCCCAGCGGGCCCUCCUCCACCAAAGCCAUCCGCACGCUGGGAGUGAUCCUCGGAGCCUUCAUGGUCACGUGGCUGCCUUUCUUCAUCUCGAAUAUCGUGCGGCCCUUCUGCGGCUGCGUGCCGGGGGAGGUGUUCGAAGGUCUGACGUGGCUGGGCUGGUGCAACUCCACCAUGAAUCCCGUCAUCUACCCGCUCUUCAUCAAGGACUUCAAGCAGGUCUUCCGCAAGUACCUGCCGUGCUGUCGCCAGCCGCCAGGGGGCAACGUCAUGGGCAUCCACGGGGUCCCGUUCCCGCUGCCGGGCCCGUCCACGUCCAACGAGAACGGCAACAUCGAAAUCAGCACUGUAGCCGGGACCGUUCCCGCCAACAACCGCGUCGAUUCGCCGGUGGAUGAACAGGCGAACUAAAAGGCAAAGACUUUUCAACCCAUUUCGUCUCACGCCCAAAACCGCGUUG